GACUCGUCUGUUUAAAGUCAAAACCCUGAACCCAAACAACUAGCCUCUCUUUUGUAUCUCUUCCCUCUCUUAAACCCUAAACCUCUCUCUCCCUCUCUCCGCCUCCAUGGCCGCCGCCGCCGCCUCGCCUCCAUCUUCCUCCACCACCAAAUCCACCGCCCGAAACGCCGUCACCGCCCUCCUGAAAUGGCGCGACUCCAAAAACCCAUCCAAACUCGACCUCCUCGGCUCCGGCGACGACGAGCUCCUCUACCUCGUCGUCACCCUCAAGAAAAUCCCAGCCAAGGCCCGCGUCAACGCCUACAAGAUCCCCCUCCCGACUCCCCUCCACUCCCGCGCCACCGAGUUCUGCCUCAUCUACGACGACCGCCCCAAGUCCAAGCUCUCCAAGCCCCUAAUUCAGGCCAAGAUCAAAGCCGACAAUCUCCCCGUCGUCAAGAUACUCAAGUACACCAAGCUCAAGUCUGACUUCAAGGCUUUCGAGUCGAAAAGGAAGCUGCUCAACUCGUAUGACAUGUUCCUGGCCGACAAGCAGAUCCUGCCGCUGCUGCCGAGGCUGCUGGGGAAGCAUUUCUUCAAGACCAAGAGGAUUCCGGUGCCGCUGGACCUGCUGAAGAAGAAUUGGAAGGACCAGGUUGACAGGAUUUGCGCCUCCGCGCUGAUGUUCUUGAGCACAGGGACUUGUAGUGUGGUGAGGGUGGCGAGGACGUCGAUGAGUGAGGAGGAGAUUGUGGAGAACGUGGUUAAGGCGAUCGAGGGGGUUGUGGAGGUUGUGCCGGGGGGCUGGGGCGGCGUGAGGUCGCUGCAUUUGAAGAUGUUGGAGUCGAUUGCGCUUCCCGUGUAUCAGACUCUGCCGGACGAGGGGGUGAAGGUUGAGGGGGGAGAGAAGGCUGUGGAGGUUGCGAAGGCGGAGGAGAGUAAGGAAUUGAAGAAGAAGAAGGGGAUGAUUCGGGAAAUGAGGAAUUUGGAUGAGGUGGUUGAUGGGGAGAAAUCGGGGAAGGAUAAUGCGAAUGAGAAUGAGAAAUUGGGUAGUAGUGGUGAGUUGAAGAAGGCAAAGAGGAAGAAGGAAAAUGCUGUGGAUGAGUCUUCUGUUGGUAAAGCUAGUGAGAGUGAUCAAAUCGAGAGUGGUGAGUUGAGGAAGUCGAAGAGGAACAAGGAGAAGGAUGCUGGUGAGUCUAAGAUGUCAAAGGAACUGAUGGGGAAGUCAGCUAAGCUGGUAGCUGAAAAAGUGGAAAUUGCCGAGAAGCGUACGAGGAAGGUGGCUAAUCCUAAGUCGGGUGAAGUUGGUGAGAAACAGUUGAAAAGGGUGGUUAAGGCGAAAGAUGAUGUUGCAUUGAAUCUGGAGAAACCGUUGAAGAAGGCAAGUAAGGGUAAAGAUGAUGCUGUUGGCGUUGUGAAGAAUAAGAGAGAUGUGUUGUCUGCGAAAGACAAGAAAAAAGAUGUUACAAAGAAGAAAGUAGAAGAGUUGUCAGGCAAAGGUGGAGAGGCUGUAGCAAAGAAGGAGAAGAGGAAGAGUGAGCCUGUGCAGUUGAAGAGUGAGGAAGUGAAUCUCAAGAAAGCUAAGAGAAGUAAGAAGGGAGCACAGUAGUUCAACUUAGCAGGCCACAGGCGGUGGACGCUCUUUGGACUGAGAGUCUAUAUAUCAAAGCAAGUAUUGUUGUCCAUUUGAGUCUGUCUGGCAUAAAUUUUGAUUGUUCCGCUUUUCAUUAUCUGCUGAAGUUAUGGCAUGUGUUGUUUGUUAUAUUACAUUGCCUAUUUAUAUCGAAACUAUGGAGAUCAUACAGAAUGGUUGGGUAUCAUUGUGGUUUUCUACAUGUCUAUUUGAAUUGAAUUUACAUCCUGUCACAUUAACUAGUUGUUUCCAA